CUUCUCCGUUCCACAUCUCAAAAUGGCCACUCGUAGCGCCGCUCUCAAGGUCGACUGGGCCAAGUUGACCAGCUCCCUCGGCCUCCGCGGCCAGACCGCUGCUUCUCUCCAGGCCUUCAAGAAGCGUAACGACGAUGCGCGCCGCAAGGUUCAGCUCCUGUCUGAGCAGGCCCAGACUGUCGACUUCGCCCACUACCGCAAGGUCCUGAAGAACCAGGCCAUCGUCAACGAGAUCGAAAACCACUUCAAGACCUUCAAGCCCGCCACCUACGAUGUCAACCGUCAGCUGAAGGCCAUCGAUGCUUUCGAGACCCAGGCUGUCCAGAGCGCUCAGGAGACCAAGGGCAAGGUUGAGGCCGAGCUCCGCAGUCUCCAGAAGACCCUCGAGAACAUUGAGACCGCCCGUCCCUUCGAGGACCUCACUGUUGACGAGGUUGCCGCUGCUCAGCCCGAGAUCGACGAGAAGACCGCCUCCCUUGUCUCCAAGGGCAGAUGGAUGCCGGCCGGUUACAAGGAGCGCUUCGGCGACAUGUCCGUUGUUUAAACGGUCACGUCUCGUGUAUCUUUUUACGUCUCUCUUAGCCUUCGACCAGUAUAAUCACACGAAGAAGUUCCCUUUGUUGAAGCAUAUUGGCCAGCUAGGAUACCCUUGCUCUCUGGCAGUGUGAUGUCGGUUGUAGGGUCCUGUAUAGAAACAAUGUUGAAUUUAGAUGGUUCCAUCGUGCCGAACAGUUUUGUAUGUCCACCUCGACCGACCGAUCCGUUCCGUCCACAUGUCCAGCGCAGUUGAAGGAUCUGUAUCAUUGGAUGCCGCCAGUAUGCACGUUUGUUUGCGACAUUGCGGUGAAGUUGUAGCAGACCGCAAAGCACGCCGAUGACGAGUGGUCAUUACAUCGCAAACUUAAUCACGGUAUUCAUACUGGGCGCCUUCUGGCUGCUCGUCGUGGUUCAAUAGCUGGUUUAUAUUGUCAUUCAUGGCUGCCGCAAUAAUAAAACGGUUUGCUUGGUGGUUGAGAC